CUGCUUUACCCCACCAUUUCUCACAACUGUGCUCUGUAUGACGCUUGUGGUUGCGUCCAACUCAGUACGCCGGGCUACACCAGGAAUCAUGGACAGCUCUGCCACCGCAAGCGAUAUCAACCCGAGUGCAGCCACAGAAACAGUCACAGAAACGAAUGAUUGCGUGGAGCGGGACGCACCCACGGACAGACAGGCAGAUGCGAACACAGACGACACAGACGUGAGCAAGCAACAAGGCUCCGUUCCUGUCCCCAAGGCCGAGGAUGUGCUACCAGGCCUGAGAAUCUUCGAAGGUCGUGCCAGCAUUGGAGUAGAUGAUGUAAGGGAGGUCAUCAGGCUACUCAACGCCGCCGACAUCCCAGCCUGCGUCGUCGACGUAAAUGCGCUGCGCUACUAUGGGGCCGGACGAGUUACAUGGGAGUGGGAUAUUUGCGUCCCGGCCCACCAGCUUGGAGAUGCCGAGCGGAUUUUCAAGGAGAACGAUGACUACGAACCUGCCAAGCCACCUCCGCCACUGAUGAAGUCCUUCCGUCACCUGAACCCCAUUUUCAAGCUGAAGGGUGCCGGGUUCUUCUUCAUCCUCACUCCGUCCUCGCGGUGCUUCAUCGAUCCCCGACCCGAGUACUGCGAGCUCAGCAGGAAAGGCAUCCCCUACCCGCAGAUGCCGCAGUUUGGCCGGUCUCUGCUGGUGUUGCAGAACGGCAGCAACCUGGCCGACUUCAUUGACGGCAUGAACUUGGAUGAGGCGUGGGGAGAAGAAAACAUCGAUUUCGACGACUUGCAGCCAAAGGGGAUCGAGUUUAUGAAGGCUCAGAAUGUGGAGCUACAGACCAGGGAUUUGGGCGAGUUCAAUGUCAACGUCGAUUUUAGGAGAUUGUGGAACGAGGUUGUCAGGGAGAAGGAGAGGCGCAUUGAGCCAAUGAAGAAGGGCCGGUAUAAGACUCGUUGGCGGAGGAUAAAGAACGACACGGAUCCACGGCAAAGAGACAGGCCUUUCUAACACGUCGUCAUAAGGUGUCAUAUCAAACGCUGCCUCGAACUGAACUAAUUUCAUGGUACAGUAUUAAAAAUUGCGGUGCUAAUUAGAGCCUGUCGUGAUUUUUGGGCCAAUAUUUGACACUUCCCGCUUCUUAGCUUCCCCUUUUUUCUCUGCACGGUAUAGUGUCGACGGAGAGUUGGACACGGUCGUUCACUGCUGUCACCCAGCCUUGGUCUUGCAUUUCCUAAGCUUAGACAACCUAUUCUCGAUAGCCGACAUUUAAAUGUUGAAGAAAAGGCUAAUAUAAUAUAGGACAACCAGCCGUGCUAAUUCUUAGUGUUAACUACUUGGUGGAAUUUCCUCAAUUCAAUUUAACUAUAUUCAGAACAGUUAUGACAAGAGAUACACAACUUGUUUUGGGCAAACUAAAUAUAUACAAUGCAG